AUGUUUUCUACCGCCGUGAUUGCAGUUUUGAUAUUGUUUGGAACAUUUUGUGAUUGUUGCAUUCCGACUCAGACUGCCGAAGGUUUGUUUUUUUUUCUUGGAAAUUUGGAAGAUGUAUUCUAGGUAUUUUUGAACAUAAAUUUAAAAUUUGAUGUGACUCAUGCAAAUAUUUGUUUUUAUCGAUAAAAUUAUGAAAUCAAAAGAUUCAGAUGUCACAACAACAACCUCAACCACCUCUACAACCACAACGACAACCUCCACAACCACCACAACAUUAGUUCCAUCUUGCGUUGAUUCAACCUGGACACUUUUCAAUAGAGACACUUAUUUUUGGUGUAUGAAAGCUUACAUCGGAUCAUCACCAAAUGCACUUUUAGCAACACAAUAUUGUCAAACAUUGAAUUCAGCCGCAGUUGCCACAGGUUUUCAAAAUGCUGCAGAAAUCACAACUAUCGUCGCAACAGCGCCUGCUGGUUUGAAACUUUGGAUUGGAGCUCAACGAAAUUCUGAUUGUGCUCUUGUUCGACUCACUGCAGCUUGCAAUCAGUUAACAAGUUUUCAUUGGACUGAUGGUUUUACAACUGGAACAGAUGGAUUUGUAUGGAAAACAAGUCAGCCUGAUAAUAGUCUUCUGACACAAUCUUUUGUGGUAGUGUAUACGAGUACUGGAUUACUGGAUGAUGAACAUAGAUGGUUGACAAUGCAAGGAGUUGUGUGUGGAAUGGAAGCCACUUAUUCAUAA